CAGUGUCACUUUGGUUGCAAGCGUGAACAUUAUUAACACAGCAUAAAUGGCGGCUAACUAUAAUUCCGAACGAAAUUGAAAAUUACCACCAUCUGCAGUACAAGAGUAACAACUUUGAAUUGACUGAUAUAUUUAACAUUUUUAUUCGGCUACAUCAUGACGGGUGAAAUGGAAUUUCUUCGAAUAUACUUUUCCUAAAGAACCAUUAUACGAGUUUCAUGGCCAAAUUUAGAACUUUAUGAUAUAGAAUUGUCAAAAAUUUUAUUACAAAACGGAGUUAAUCACGAAAAGGUACCAUGAUUACAUUAAGAGGAAAAUUGAAAAAAGAUGCUGAAAUUACAAAUUCUAAAAAUAGAGAUUACAAUAAACGGGCAUCCAUUCGCGAUAAGCUACUAAUAAAAGAGGUACAAGAAAUGGAACAAACGCUUCCUGUCACCUGUCAAGUUAGGUUUAAUGAUCCUCAUAGAUUACAUGAAUUUACACUUUUAAUUACUCCUGAUGAGGGAUAUUGGGUUGGUGGGCGCUUUCUCUUUGACAUUAUUAUAUCAGAAGAUUAUAAUAUGGCUCCACCGAAAGUGAAGUGUACGACGAAGCUAUGGCAUCCUAAUAUAAGCGAAGAUGGUGAUGUGUGUCUAUCAAUAUUAAGGCAAAAUAGUAUAGAUGGAAUGGGAUGGGCGCCCACCCGUAAACUAAAAGAUGUUGUAUGGGGUUUAAAUUCACUUUUUACCGAUCUUUUAAAUUUUGAUGAUCCUUUGAAUAGAGAUGCAGCUGAUUUGUUUAUUAAAGAUAAAGAAUCUUUCCGUUCUAAGGUAAAACAAUACGUUAUGCAAUAUGCAAAAAGAUGAUUUCCAAUUCAAAUUUCUAAUAUAACAAUAUAAGUAUGCACUUACCAAAUUAGACCCAUGAUUUUUGCAAAUCAAAGAAAAAUUUCAAAUAAAUCGGCGUUUUCAAAGGAAAAUUGUACAUUAUAUUUUGAUAUAUAUUUCUUACUAGUCUUAUAUUAGAAAGAGUAUCAUAUUUUAUUUUUAUUUUUCUUUAAACAUCCAAGAUAAUUCAACUUGUUACUAUUGUUGAAAGUACAAGAAAGAUGCGUCAAAGAUAUAUCACAUGUACGAUAGUUCUUUCUCACCACAGAUUAUCUAUGACUACACGAUUUGUAAAUAAAUUCAAUAUUUAAUAAAAAAAAAAAAAUUUACAUCUUUUUAAUCGACUUAUCAUUCCAAACAUUGAUUAUAUUUCAUUGAUUUCAUUAUUACUUUUAUUUUCUUACAAAGAGACAUGAGUGCGAAAGACAUGUACAUGUAAUUUUUCAUAUACGCAUAUAAGAAUGUAGUGCUUACUUGCAUUUGUUAUUUCAUAUUUAUUUAUUAUAUUAUGUAACGAUGUUUUUUUUUUUGUACAAUUUGAAAGAAUAUGAAUCAUGUUCACUAAUUCGUCAUUACAUUCGCUGGCUAUAUUUUCAAUACCAUUGUGUCCAUUGUAACCAUUUAAAUUGAUCAGAAUACUGAACAGUCAAAAUUUCAUGAUUUUCUUUAAUGAAAUUCAUGGUCGAAUCGAUGAUAUAAUAUUCGAUAUAAUUCAUUAUACGUUGUAACAAAUAAAUAAUAACAAAAAAGAAAACAAGGAACGGCGGGAUACUUUUUGUAUGAUUCUCUUUUGUUUUUAUUCCCUCUUUUUUUUCUUUUUUCUUUUUUCUUUUUUCUUUUUUUCCUUGUUCUCUUAACGACUGACUAGAUAUUUUUGUGAUACUUCACAGUCAUAUGGAGAAAAUAAAUUGGAAAAA